AUGAGGUCGAGUCUUCUGUGCCUUCUUAUCGCUCUCGUCUGCUUGUUGGCUGCUAGUUCGGCUACAGCCAAAGUGAUUCCCACGCAUCACCACCAGGGCGGCAGUCAGAAACGUGGCGAGGCUGGUGCUGGUGAACAUGAAGGUGCUGACAAAGAGAAACACCAGGCUGACCACGGUAAUGAUGAAGGAGAUGAUGAGGAUGGUGAUGAAGACCUUGACGAAGACAGACAGCACGAAAUCGAUGCAAUUGCGGAAGCAGUCAAAAGACACUUUAAGGAAAAGCAAAGCAUGGAGGACGACGAUGAUGAAGACCUUGAGGAAUACACACAGCACGAAAUCGAUGCAAUUGCGGAAGCAGUCAAAAGACACUUUAAGGAAAAGCAAAGCAUGGAGGACGACGAUGAUGAAGACCUUGAGGAAUACACACAGCACGAAAUCGAUGCAAUUGAGGAAGCAGUCAAAAGACACUUUAAGAAAAAGCAAAGCAUGGAGGACGACGAUGAUGAAGACGGAAAAGAUGAUGAGGAAGAAGUGGUACACAACAACGAUUUCUAUGGACAAAUUCAAAAUUUGUAG